GCAUGCGAUGCGGCUGGCCCGAUGCGCUCCCUCGCCCGCCCCUGGGUGCUGCGAGCCGCUGAUCAGCUCAUUUCACGGCACAUCGGCCCGUCCUGCGCCGCUGCAUCAGCUUGCAGCGCUGUCGGGAGGACAGCCGUGGGCAGCAGCGCUCAGAGCACCGAGUGCGAGCGUGGCGCAGAGAUAGGUCGUGCGAUGCGGCGCAGGAUUGCGGAGGAUGGGCGAAGGCAAGCAUCACCUCGGGCCGCGACCGGCCGGCGGCGCCCCUGUCCCGCAAGCGUGCCGGCUAGCGGUGCCUAGCUCCGCCUUGCUUGCAUGUGCCAAGUCGAGAUCUGCGCGCUGCUGCGAGCAAAGGUAGAGUCUGCACGAAGAUAUGCCCGUCUGCCGCUCGCGCGAGGAGGUUGCA